AUGGCACCAAACUCCAAACAGGUCCUCGGCUUGUACAAGCAGCUCUUGGCUAAUGCUUACAAGUUUGACAACUACAACUUCAGAGAAUAUUCCAAGAGAAGAAUCCAUGACGCAUUCAAGCAGCACAAGAAUGAGGCCGAUGAAGAGAAGAUCACCACCUUCUUCAACGAGGGAAUCAACAACUUGGCCAUGUUGAAGAGACAAAGUACCAUUUCUCAGAUGUUCACUUUCGAUAAGCUCGUCGUUGAGCCCUUGAAGCAGCACCACUGA